AUGAAACAGCAGGUAGAGUAUCUCCUUGACCACUUUCGCGAAGAGGUACAACGACAUCCAGCGUCAAUUGCGAUUGAGGAUGGAACGAAGUCUCUAGACGAGUCAGCCUGGCCAAAGGUCAGUUACGCCGAGCUUGACGCUCUAUCUGAUGCCUGGAGUAGACAGCUGUCAGUGGCAGGCGUGGGUCCGGGCUGUAUAGUUCCUCUGAUAUCCACCAGGUCCAUCGCUAUGGUUGCAGCGGUACUGGCAAUCCUUAAGCUGCGCGCUGCAUAUGUGCCCAUCGAUGCAGAUUCUUGGGGUAAGGGCCGCAUAAAUGGAGUGCUUGCAAGAAUUUCUCCGCAGAUUGUUGUAUCGACUGUGGGUUGCUUAGAGGGUGGCCACCCGUAUCCAGUUCACUACUUUGAGGAGCCUGGUAUACCCAACUUGGCUAUGGGCAGUGACAUCAGCACCCCGAGCCAUUAUCUCCGGUCAUGUUAUAGCGGAGACGACCUUGCAUAUAUCAUAUUCACAUCUGGAACGACAGGACAACCAAAAGGGGUGAUGGUCGGCUUGGAAUCCAUAUCUCGGUAUGUGAAUGAAGGCGGAGACCUGCCGUUCAACUUCAACACCAGGCACGGAACGCGGGUAUUAUUGAUUUGUUCAAUUGCCUUUGAUGGAGUUGUAUUUAGCACGAUAUGCAAUGGAGGAACCCUCAUACUUGCCGACCCACCCACCCUUGAAGCUGCCGCUAAGACUUGUCACGUCUUGCCACUAACUCCAAGCAUCCUGUCUUCGUUGGAUCCAGAUGCUGGGUUUGACAGAGUCGAGAAAAUAUUCCUUGGUGGCGAAGCUCCUGCGGAACCUUUGAUCCAGGCCUGGUGCUCCCCCCAGCGGCGGGUGUAUAACUCCUAUGGUCCCACAGAGACGACAUGCACCGUGUUAAUGAGUGAGCUUGUGGCUGGAUUACCGAUAACAAUUGGCUAUCCCAUACCAUAUAGCACUGUCAGCCUGCUGGAUGCUGAGGGAUUGGAAUCUUCUGAAGGAGAGAUUUGUAUUUCUGGAUCAGGGCUCGCCUUGGGUUAUUUCCGUGACCCGGAGCGCACUGCAUCCUCCUUCGUCAAACUGAAUGGACAGAAAUUGUACCGAACUGGCGAUUAUGGGAAACAUACCAAGAAUGGCAUACAGUUCUGUGGGCGUAGGGAUAGCAUGGCUAAGAACCGGGGGUUUUUGAUCAACCUUGAAAGCGACGUUGAGCCUGCGUUGCUAUCGUUUGAGAAGGUAACCCGUGCAGCUGCUUGCAUGGCCAAUGGCAAGCUCAUCGCAUUUGUUACUCCAGUUGAAGCGAGAGACGGCCUCCGCGAAUAUCUCUCAGUCAACGUCCCGUCAUUUAUGGUGCCGGACAUCGUAUACUCGAUGGACACGUUUCCUACCACUGGAAACGGGAAAAUCAACCGGCAGAGUCUUGUGCAGAUUCAUGAAGCUUCCCAGGACGCAGAUGAUAGCUUUCUGGAAGUAGGACUUAGUGGGACUGAAGCAAUCCGCAGAGCCAUAUCCUACGUUCUCCAGCAGCCAAUGGAUCAGGUCACCAAUGCUUCAUCCUUCCGGCACCUUGGAGGAAAUUCCCUUGCAGCAGUCUUACGUGCUUCAAUUAUAAGGAAAGCGGGUUUUGCUAUUAGUGUUGGUCAGAUAUUAUUACUGGACAUUGUUGAAAAAAUGGCUGGAGCAUUGAAAGAGGCUGAGAAUGCCGCGAACUCCCCUCCAACGUCAGGACAGUUUGGACAUUGCCUGGGAGAGACAAUUUCCGGGGCCAACUUCCCUGGGAGUGAAGCCCUCGCAUCUAUGACUGAUAUUCAGACAAGAAUGGUUCGGGCAAGCAUAGCUACCCCUGAGCUUUCUUUUAUAAAGGCAUCGUUUACCCUUGAACAUCCAGGUAGAGAUGACUUCACAGCUACCUUGCGUGCCGCCUGGGAGUCCAUACAUAAACGUCAUGGAAUUCUGCGGACGCAUUUUGUCUUGACGGAACCGGAGGUCCAGGUAAUAUACCGUGACGCGAAGAUCGCUUGGACAGAACGCGCGAUUGCAGAAACAGACUGGGACACUGCCUGUCGUCAGGAAGAGGAUUUUGACUUCAGCCAAUUUUCAAAAUUUGAUCCUGAGGAGCGGUGCUCCUUGUCCAAGAUAACCAUUGUGACAAUACCAGGCAUUCGGACUCGAUUUAUCUGGACUGUGCACCACAGCCUGAUUGAUGGGUGGUCUAUGUCAACGUUGAUAAAAGAAAUGGCAUUCUACCUGAACAAUAAACCGUUACCACCAGCUCCUCCACAGUUUAAACAUGUUGCCGUGGCUAUAGAUCAGUUGCGCCGCAAAUAUUCGAGCAAGGCAAUAUCAUUUUGGAAAGCGUAUACGAAGGGAUACGUUCCCGUGCAAACACUUCGAUUGCCGCCUCCAUCUGAUAUCAACGAUUAUAAACAGGCAACUUUAACCCAGAAUCUUACAAUGAGCGUGUCUGCGUUGGAGAAGGCUGCCAGAGACCAAUAUUCUGUCACGCCCGCAACUCUUCUCUAUGCAGCCUGGGGUAUUCUUAUAUCAAGGUAUACCGGAACUGAUCGUACUAUAUUGGGCGCUGUUCUGUCUGGACGAAAUUUGGAAAUUCCCGGAGUGGAAAAUGUCAUCGGCCCCCUGAUAAAUACGUUACCCCUUAAAGUAGAUGCCAAUGAGUCCCAGACAGCAUACGUUUUUGUGCGAGGAGUAUUCAGAGCACUAUGCGAGAUUUUGCAGUAUCAGUGGUCUCCCUUUACCGUGAUCCAAGAAGGUAGCGGCUAUAACCCUGCAAAGCUAUUUGACACCAUUUUUGCCUUGCAGUAUGAUUUUCCCCAAAUGGAGGAUAUGUUCAGCCGAGACUCUCUACCUCGAGACGUGAGGUAUACCGAAACGACUGAAAUUCCCCUCACUGUUUUGCUAGACAGUGCUGAUAGCAGGUUUAUUGCUCGAUUUAUAUACCGACGGUCAUAUUUCAGUGACACAACUAUUAUACAGAUGUGCCGCCACUUUGACAACCUACUAACCGGCCUUGUUGACGCUUUACCGGCCGCAAAUCUUAGCACGGUCACCCGUACGAUGUUUAGCGCUCCAGAGUACCAGGCAUUAACAGCAAAGGCAUUGCCGCCAAAUUAUCUUUCUCUCGGGGAAAGCCUAUCAGAUGCAAUUGAGAAAGCCAUCGAGUGCUACCCAAACCUAUGCGCUGUGGAAGGCUUAUCACGCUCCUUAUCAUACCAUGAAUUCGGUAGGGUAACAGCAAAUAUUGCGGAACAGCUUAGAAAGUCUGUCAAAUUAGGGGAUGUGGUAUGUGUGAUCUGUGAUGGCUCCAUUACCUGGUUAAUUGCAAUGAUUGCGGUUAUCAGAGCCGGUGCCGUUUACUGUCCGAUCGACCAGAAGCUUCCACAGGCAAGAAUGGAGUACAUGGUUGAAAACAGCAGUGCAUCAUUGAUAAUUCACUGUAACGCCAAACAAGACAUGGUGAUCAAUGACACCCCUUGUUUCAAUAUCAUCAAAGCCAUGGCAGAGAUCGCAUAUACAACAACGACUAAAUGCAUUCCCUUGAAACAUAAGGGUAUCCUGAAUGUGAUAUCUCACGAGAAGGGGAGGCUAUGUUCUACUCCUGGACAGCGAAACGCACAGAUGCUAUCACUCGGUUUCGAUUGCUGUAUAAAAGAAGUAUUUGCUACUCUUUGCUUCGGAGCAACUCUAGUCCUUAAAGAUCCGGCAAAUCCGAUAGCUCAUCUUUCUCGAGUCGAUGCUACCAUGGCCACUGCCUCUUUGCUCACAUCCUUAGAGCCAGGCGAUUUUCCAAGCCUGGCAGUGAUCAUGGCUGCUGGCGAAGUUCUGUCCCAAAGCCUCGCUGAUAAAUGGGCUACAGGGAGGACACUGAUAAACGGGUAUGCUCCGGCGGAAAGUACACUUAUUGCUACGGUGGCAACAAUAUCUCCCGGGGAUAAAAUAUCAAUUGGACGACCAUUAACGGGGAUGUCUUGUUACAUCUUGGACUCCAAGCAGCGGCCGGCCCCGAUUGGAGUGAGUGGAGAGAUAUGCUUAGCUGGAAUUCAGAUCACAUCUGGAUAUCUCUCCAAUGAGGGGGAAACAGCUAGGCGAUUUCUUCGAGACCCAUUUAACCCCGACCAGGCCAUGUUUCGUACUGGUGACAUUGGCCGCCUAGGAGAUGAUGGCAACAUCAACUUUGUUGGCCGCGAGGAUAACCAGAUUAAACUACGAGGUUUCCGGAUAGACCUUGGGGAAGUCCAAAAUACCCUGUCCCAGGUGGCCACUGAGGCAAAAGAUGUAGCUCUAGUGGUAUCAAAUGAUACCCUAGUUGCCUUUGUCACCCCCGAAACACUUGACAUUGACCAACUUGUAAAGGGGCUGGAAUCGCAGUUGCCAGAGUACGCCAUUCCAAGCCAAAUUAUAACCCUUGCUACGCUCCCAACCUCUGCAAACCACAAGGUGAACACAUUGGCCCUCAAACAACUAAUAAACCAUACAGUCCCGACGGCGAGCCUGGUAGAGCUUGAGACACCUAUUCAAAGGACCGUGGCUGCGAUCUGGGCAGAUGUCCUUGGGCAUGAACUCGGCAAAAUGCCUAUUAGUCCAAAUUCUCGAUUCUUUGAACUUGGAGGCCACUCUUUGCUGCAAAUCAGAGUAGCGCAGGCAAUAUCAAAGCAAUGCAACAUCCACCCUAUGCCACUGAGACAGGUUAUAUAUCAUCAGAGCCUGCGGGAACUAUCUUUGGCAGUCAAGGAGUUGAUUGACUCUCGGGAAAAACAAGAGCGAGUAACACGUUUCCUGGAAACGUCUCCAAUAGUACGGGAGAACCAGCUACCACUGUCGCCUCUUGAACAAGAAUUAUUUCUCAACCACCUAAUCUCGGAUGGUUCAACUGCUGGGAAUAUGAUCUUUGCGUGUAAGAUUCUGGGCCAGAUAGACCCAGUAUCAUUAGCUAGAGCAUUCCAGCAAACAGCUAUGAACGAAGAAAUAUUCCAGGCUCGGUACCACAUUGCUGACGGUUUCAUGAUGCGACACCUGGUCAAAAACGGGGGUAACAUUGUCAGAGUCACUAAUACGCAUGACCCAAUGUCUCUUAUUCACAAAACUGCUCGAAAAUCAUUUGAUUUGAGCACAGAGCCGCCAUUAGAGGUUGUCAUUAUUCCAUGCACCACUGUGCAGGCUAUACUUUUGAUAGUGAUGUCGCAUGUAGUAGGAGAUGCUACAACAAUGGCAACAUAUCUUGAGCAAGUCUCGGAUAGAUACAAGCAAUUGCAGACCCCCAAUGUUUCGGACAUACAUUUCAGAACGCCAAAGGAACUGACAUACAUCGAUUGGGCUGGAUGGGUUAAAAUACCACAAUUGAGUCUUCAGUCCCAAAAUUUUUGGACCAAAUACCUUUCCAGGUUGCCGGAACCACUAACAUUUGGCAGGGCUCCUGCCGGAAGCCUAACGUAUACCGGCUCCUUGAGGUCUUGGACUCUACCAGGUUCCAUGCUUCAGAGCCUUACUCGUCUUGCUACAAGAUCUUCCACCACAAUGCAUCAAAUUGUGAUUGCAGCUCUGUUCUUGGCCCUACAAUGUGUAGAUAGGCGCAAUGAUAUCAUUUUUGCGGCUCCUUUCACACAUCGGAUGGAGCCUGGGACGGAGACAAUGGCAGGGCUGUUCCUUGACCGUCUUCCGAUUCGUAUCCAGUGUGGUCCAAACGAAGUCGAAUCACUACUACACUUCCUCACGGCAGUCAAGCAAAGUAGCCAACGUGCGCUGGAACACGUUCUGCCUUACCGCGAAAUCCGCAAACUCCUACCAUACAAACCAAGCCUUUCAGAUCCCCUGUUCAAAGUCAUGGUAACGUACCACACUGCCUCCGAUAUGAAACCGGCAUUUAGGCUUGAAGGGGCUGAGAUUCAAAAUAUACCAUGCCAUAAUACAGGAGGCUCCAAGUUUCCUCUCUCUAUAGAGCUCACUGAGAUUGAAGACUCCGAGGUUCGUGUUGAUAUAGAAUAUGACCUUGGUUGUAUCGCGGAAAACACUGCGGAACGGAUACAGUACGCAAUCGGAUAUACCCUGCAGCUUAUGGUCCUGGAUACAGCUCCAAACCGUAUAAAACACCUGGUGAUAUCGUCUUUUGGAGAUUUCGAUAGAUACAAAACUUCAGACAGUACAGACGGUAGGGAAGAGGAGAAAAGGGGAAGGAGGGAUAACGAAACAACACUGCAACAUCAGAAUACCAACGGCUUGGAACGACUGGCGAUUGGUAUCAGGGACGCAAUGUGCCAAUGUCUAGGCCUAGAUAAUAAGGCCGUGCUUCUCCACCAGUCAUUCUGGGAGCUAGGAGCUCAGAGUAUAGACGCAAUACAGCUACAGCAUAUAUGUAGCAAGCAUGGUUUUGGAAUCAGGCUUCGGGAUAUAUUUGAAUCCAAUAAUAUAAUGGAGCUAGCAAUCUGUACUUAUGGUAGCAUUUAG